AUGAUCUGUCCACUACCAUCAAGUUUGAACGAAGUGGACUUGAGGUGUUCAGCCGAUAAACUCCUAAAUGGGUCAUAUCCCAACUGCACAUUUGGAAUGUUCUAUGAUCAAAUGUAUCUCACCCACGGCGUCUAUUUCAUCUUCGAACCAACUCCAUUCGUUCAUCCCAUAUUUUCCCAAAUCUUCUACGGAAUCCUAUUCACCAUGACGAUAUUCUUAGCGCUUAUGGGCAAUUUUACAGUGAUGUGGAUCAUCUUGUACCAUCGUCAAAUGCGAAGUGUCACGAACUACUAUCUAUUCAAUUUGGCCGUUGCCGAUGCUUCGAUUUCAGUCUUCAACACUGGAUUCUCAUGGUCCUAUAACUAUUAUUAUGUGUGGAAGUUCGGAAGUUUCUAUUGUCGAAUCAACAAUUUGAUGGGAAUCACACCGAUCUGUGCCAGCGUGUUCACAAUGAUUGUCAUGAGCAUUGAGAGGUACUACGCGAUAAUGCAUCCGCUGAAAAAGCGACCUGGUAAGAGGUCGACUGUCACCAUUAUCAUCAUGAUUUGGUUUUUGGCUUUCUUGUUCGGAGUUCCAGCUUUUUUGGCGUCCAAGGUAGACGUCUACUACUUCUAUGAUGGCACAACUCUCUACGAGAAUCCUCUCUGUCUGGCUGACAAUUAUCCAGGUGGAAAUGAAUCUGUUCUCGGGCAAAUAUAUAACAACGGAUUGAUAACAUUCCAGUAUAUUCUUCCUUUGUGCAUUCUAUCAGCAGCCUAUUAUAGAGUCGGAGUGGAACUAAGAAAGGACAAAACCGUUGGAGACGUUCGUCAUGCGAAAUCAGUUGCAGCCAAAAAGAAGGCAUCGAUCAUGUUGGCUGUCGUUGUGUUCAUUUUCAUGAUUGUCUGGUUCCCAUACAACGCCUACUACUUGACGUUACAUUUGGUUGAGCCGAUUGGAAACAAAAUGCUCAGUUUGUACAUUUACAUCAACAUCUAUUGGUUGGGAAUGUCGUCGACUGUUUUCAAUCCAGUCAUUUAUUAUUUUAUGAACAAGAGAUUCCGUGUCGGUUUCCACCACGCCUUCCGGUGGCUUCCGUUCGUUCGUUCCGACAAAGACGAAUAUCAUUCGAUUCUCUCCCAAACGCGUCCAUCCCUUAUGCCUCCCACAACCAUGGCUCAUACGGAUUUCUGA